AUGUCGUCCAGUGGAUACAAGUAUGAAGAUGUGAUCCUCGAGAUCAAGGGCAAAAUCGGCGUUAUCAAGUUGAAUCGACCCAGCAGCCUCAAUGCAUUCGGCGGUACUCUUCUUCUCGACCUAGUCACGGCACUACGAGAGCUUGAUGAGCAUCCCGACACCAUUUUCACCGUCCUUACUGGUGAAGGACGGUUCUUCUCAAGCGGUGCUGACGUGAAAGCCGAGUCAACAGCUUUUGGUAAGGUCUACGCCAGCGCUGCACAGAAGAAGAUCGAUUAUAUUGGUGGGAUGUACAAGGCAAUCGAACUGAUGCGUUCAAUGAUCGACCACCGCAAAGUGCUAGUCCUGGCCCUCAACGGCCCAGCCGUGGGAGGCGGCGCCGCAUGGUUCCCAGGAGUCGUCGACAUCAUCCUGAGCGUGGAGGACGCAUACCUACAAACGCCAUUCAGCGCGCUGGGACUGGUGCCCGAAUUCGGCUCGUCGACGAUCUUCGCACAGUCGAUCGGCGUGCACCGGGCGAACGACUUCCUGAUGUUCGGCACGAAGCUGACGGCACGCGAGAUGCGCGACGCCGGCAUGAUCAACCACCUCUUCCCGCGCGAGGGCUUCCAGAAGCGCGUUCUCGAGUUCCUCGAGGGCCAGUUGGAGAUCAACGACGGCAAGAGCAUGAUGGAGAUGAAGAGGUUGCAGAACAUGCCUCUCAGGGGCGAGCGGAUUCUCGCUGUCUUCAAUGCUGCCGAUGCUCUUGCCGAGCGCAUCGUCGAGGAUGCGCCGAAAAAACGUUUCGAGGAGAAGAAGGCUCUGCUGUUGGGUGAGUCGCCAUCCUGGUCACACAUCCCACCCUUUCUUCACGGCGUGAGUAGAACAGAGCUCGCUCUUGAUUGA